CUGACCCCGCCCCCUCAUAAUGCAGCAUGGGCAGAAAAAAUACCAGAUUCGGUAGCUUCAGCUGAGAGAGCAUACUCCUGUUGAGGAAUAUUUGGCCGAUUAAACCAAAGUAAUGUUCCAACGAUGCCGAUAGUAGACAAACUCAAGGAGGCGUUGAAACCCGGUCGGAAGGAGACGGGCGACGAUGGCGACCUCAACAAGCUGCUGGCUUCUUCCGCCAAGAAGGUGCUUUUGCAGAAAAUCGAGUUUGAGCCCGCCAGCAAGGGCUUCUCCUACCAGCUGGACAGCCUGAAGAACAAGUACGUGAUUCUCAACCCCAGAACCGAGGGCGCCGCGGGCCAGAAAGCUGCAGAGCCCGCUCAAAUAAAGAGGCAAGCAUCUGAAAAUGUGAUCAGCAACCAGGGCGACGGGAUCCCAGCCCCGCAGAAAAUGCUCUUUCCUGGCAACAAGGUCAAUCUGAAAUGGGAGCGUGUGUACAGGGUGGGAGCUGGUCUUCACAACCUUGGAAACACCUGCUUCCUCAACUCCACCGUUCAGUGUCUCUCCUACACCCCGCCGCUCGCCAACUACCUACUGUCAAAGGAGCACAGUCGGGCCUGCCACCAGUCAGGCUUCUGUAUGAUCUGUGUAAUGCAGAACCAUAUCAUCCAAGCCUUCGCCAACACUGGCAACGCCAUUAAGCCCGUCUCCUUCAUCAGAGACCUGAAAAAAAUCGCUAGACAUUUUCGCUUUGGAAGCCAAGAAGACGCCCAUGAGUUCCUGCGCUACACCAUUGAUGCCAUGCAGAAAGCCUGUCUCAAUGGAUACCCAAAACUCGAUAGACAGACUCAAGCCACAACACUGGUUCACCAGAUUUUUGGAGGUUACCUCAGGUCAAGAGUGAAAUGCUCCAUCUGCAAAAGUGUCUCAGACACGUAUGACCCUUACCUGGACAUUGCCGUGGAGAUCCGGCAAGCAGCAAACAUAGUGCGAGCCUUAGAGCUGUUUGUCAAACCAGACGUUCUGAGUGGAGAGAAUGCCUACAUGUGUGCCAAGUGCAAAAAGAAGGUGCCGGCCACGAAGCGCUUCACCGUCCACCGGACAUCUAACGUCCUCACCCUCUCUCUGAAGAGGUUUGCUAACUUCAGUGGAGGAAAAAUAACAAAGGACGUUGGUUAUCCAGAAUUUCUAAACAUCCGCCCCUACAUGUCUCAGAGCUCAGGCGACCCCGUUAUGUACGGUUUAUAUGCUGUCUUGGUGCAUUCUGGGUACAGCUGUCAUGCUGGUCACUACUACUGCUACGUUAAGGCGAGCAACGGGCAGUGGUACCAGAUGAAUGAUUCAAUGGUUCACUCCAGUAACAUCAAAGUGGUUUUGAACCAGCAGGCUUAUGUGCUUUUCUACCUGAGGAUCCCUGAGUCGAAGAAGAAUGCAGACGGCCAGACCACCAAGCAGGGAAUGUUACAUUCUGCGAAAAACAGUGCAUCGUCCGAGCAGAUAAAGAGAGCGAACUUGAACGGGCCGCUCUCUUCCCCACAAGUCACCAAGAAACUUGAGCCUGCACAGCUGCGUAAGAUCCAGUCUAUGGACGGCGGCCUGGGUUUGCCCAUUUCCAGGAACGGCGUGAACUCCCAGCCGCAGCCCAGGCUCUCCAACUGGACGUCGUCAUCCAACGGCGUGCCGAAGGUGCCAGGCGGACCCGCAGUCAUAGAGGAGCCUUUCAAGAAGGUGAAGAAGCCCUCUCCUCAGAGCCAGGUGCAGUCCCGCAGCACCACGCCCACGCCUUCCAACAACGGGGUCGCGAGGACGGAGGGGGACAAAAAACAAAGCGGCGAGGGCAGAGGGAUGGCAGCAUCUACCUCAUUCAAGUCUUUGUCGGACUCUUCCUCUGCUGACACAACUGACUCAAAGGAGGCCGCUGGUCCAAAAAGUGAGCCGGUAAGAGAGACGCCCUCCACGCCUCGGAAAGGCUCCAGCAGCUUGGCCUCUCCAGCCCGGAGCGUGGAGCACUCUCAGAGCACAGAGGAGCAGAAGACGGCUAAGUUAAAACCACCGGCGCUCAACAACAUCACAUCUGAGGCCACCAGCAUCAUGUCUCCACCACCUGCCAAGAAACUGGCUCUCUCAGCCAAGAAAGCUUACAGUCAGAGUCUGAGCAACAUUGAUGCUCUGCGCCGUUCGCCAAAGCAGCUGCCCACCGACCCUAAACAUCAAAAUCAACUUAAAUCCCCAGCCGUCACCUCAGCCCAUCACACUGACAGAGUUAGUCCAUUUAAUCCUCUUAAAGCCCAUUCAUCACCUUUUCCCCUCUCAUGUGGAUCUCUCAAGAAGCCACUUUUCUCCACACUGCAAAAACCAAAAGCCAGCCUUUCUCACAAAAUCAAUGGCCUUCACAGUCCGAACCCAACGAGCCCCAAGUCUUCCAGCAACCUUGGCCCCACAGCUCAAGAGCCAGACCUCGACCCUCUGGCUCAAAACGUCAGCCCAAAGAAGAAGAAAAAGAAGAGGAAAAGGCGACACUCUGAGGUGGAGGAUGAUAAAGAGACUUUUCCAUCCUCAGCUCCUUCCACACAGUCCAGCCCCACAGAGUCGGCGCACAAGAAGAAUGGCAAGAAGAAGAAGAAGAAGAAAAAACGGAAACUCGAAGGUGAUGAUGGGGAAAAAACUGAAGAGAGGGAGUUCGUCCAGUCACAUUUGGAUGUAUCGAAUCAAGAGGAGGAUUGGUGUCAGAGCGGCUUAUGGAGCCUAACGCCUCAUUCAGAUGCAGAGCCGUCAGAUCAGAAGCCACAGGAAGCUGAAUCUGUGAGGAAAAAAAAGAAGAAAAAGAAGAAAAUUAUUGAACAGGAGGUCUCUCUGCAGGAAAUAAACUCUAGAUGCCCCACAUCAGAAAGGGAUCCAGAGAUGAAAACUGCAAACAUCUAUCAUGAUGCAGAAGAUUUAAUAAAGGUGAACAAUAAAUUGACUAUAAGGAAGAAAAAGAAGAAGCUAAAAGAAGAGCAGCGAGGAGCGAGAAAAUGCUCUGAAGAUGAGUCAGCAGAAGAACCUGCCUCCAAAAAGAUCUCCACAGAGGACAGAAAAGUUGAAAGUACAGCCUCGGUAGUUGUGUGGGACAGCCAGGUGAGGGACGGCUACAAACGCAGCAAGGCUCCAGCGGCUGAUGGAAGCGCGCCGGUGAACGCCUCAAACCACGUCGUUCCUGCAGGCUGGGACGGGAAAAAGAGCAGUGACGUUGUGGAAGAGCUUCUCAAGAACUCCACAAACAAAGCUUAUGGAGCCAACGUCCUCAGCUGGGAUGGUGAAGUCUCUGCUGUCAGUAGGGAUGCGAUUGAAGACGUCCGCAGUGCCAUGUGUGACACAGUGAUUGAUGAGUGGGAUGAAGACUUUGACAGAGGGAAGGUGAAGAAAGUUAAGAACUACAAAGGAGAGAAGUGGAGGAGUGGCAGCAGCAUCUUCCAGAAGAUCCAGGACAGGCGGAACAAGUGGUCGGUAACACCUGGAGCGAAACGCGUUUUCGGAGUGCGACGCUGAGCUCUCGCUGACGGGAAAGCUGGACAGCCACACUGUAAACCAAACCUCUGUUCUUACUUUUUCUCCUGUUUUCAUCUUUGUCUGCUGUGCUAAAGACCAUUUCCCCAAUUUAGGAGAACAAUUUGUGUCAUAAGCAUCCCACUGAUGGUCUGACCAGUCCAAAAGUAUGAAAUAUGAAAAUGUUGCCUUUAUUGGCUCAUUAACAACAGAAAAUCCUCAUAUAUCUGUGUCACAUUAAUUGCUAAGUGUCCAUAUUUUUAAGCCUUAGUUGCUGUUAAAACUGCUCUGAAAUAAAAUGAACAUCGUAUAAAUAUGAGGAGUUCACUGCAACACUUUGGCUGUCUUGUCCGACUUUGACACAGUAUCUGCAGGCAUAAGGGCUCUCAAGUUUAGACAGUAAAGAAGUGACCUUUGUUUUAACCUUUCUCCUUGAUAUAUUCUAAACCAAAUUAUUCAGGCAUUUAAUUUUUUUUAAUGCAACAUAUUCCCCAAAUGGUUUUAAGUUGGUGCUGUUUGUUGUUUUUUUUAUUUUUAUUUUGGACCAAAUUUUGCCUUCUCAUUGUUGGCAAAAUAUUGGUUGAAAUUGCCAGGGUUUUGGGGUUUUUUUUGUAUAUAUGCAUGACUGAGCAAGGUUGGUGUCUUUUUUUUUUCUUUUUGUAUGAGUUACUUUUUUUUUUUUUUUUUUUUUAAACUGAGCAUCUCAGUUUUUUUCUCCAAAGGCCUUGGGUGUGGAAAUGGAACCUUCUCAUUGUCUACAAUAACUCUCCCACAAUAAGUAUCACUUUUGUAUUUUAUUUUAGUGACUGCAUCAGAAUUGGAUGUGAUCGUUUCUUUUUAUCUCUAUGCAAUUUUCUGACCACCAUCACGCCAGUCAUGUAAAAACUGGGCUGAGACUCAGGAACCCGGACCUCAUAUUCCCCCCCCCCCCGUCAACUCUGUGUCCAGAUCCAACUGCCUCCUCCUCUUCCUUCCUCCUCCUUUUCCAUUUCAGCGCAACCAUUCUACCUGGACCACCACGUUUGCAUCCUGUACAUCUUGUAGAAACUGUUUUAUACAAACGAUUUCCAAUUAGUGUACUGUCGGGGGGCACAAACGCGUAGAAAAACCCGUUCUAUCAAAACGCUUUGCCAACGUAGAAGACUGUACAGUCCGUCUUGUGCUAUGCUGUAAAGAUUUGCCCAUGCACUUCUUUUCAUUUUAGAGAUGUUGCCUUGAAUUGGCUACACCUAUAGGAUGUAAUGUUAUAAAUAUUUUAUUUAAAGAACAAAAGAAAGAUCUUUAAUGUGCUAAUACUCAGUUGAUGGAUGUUGACUUGAGAAUUUACCUGCAACGUGUUUGUGUAUAAGACUUACCUGUUUUCAUGCAAGUUCUCCUCUGUCACUGUAUACAGAGCAGGAGAGGUUGAAGCGGUCUUAACUUCUGUAGGACAUUUUUGUCAACUGUGAAAUCAUAACGUAGGCUAUGACUCUCAAAGAGGCACAGUGGAACAUUUAGCGUGAAUGUUUGCAAUGAUUCUGUGUUUUUGCACCGUAAUUUUUUUCUGACCAGGAAUGAGAACUUUCAUAAUGAAAGAAGCUCUUGCCACAGUACAUUUAAGUAAAAAAAAGGUGCAAUAAAGUUGUGACUUUUGUGAGUUUUUUUUUUCUAUUAAUUGAAAUAUUACAUAUUUAUAGCUUGCAUUGCAGGUAAAAGCUCCACUUUAAUUAGGGGUGUAUUGCUUUUUAUUUUUUUAUCAACAGUUUUUACCCUCAUCUAUUUACCCUUUCAACCAAAUGUACAUACACUAUCCCAAUCACGCCCAUUCUGGAAAAGAAAAAAAAAGAAAUUAAAAAUAAUGAUUUUCAUAUCUUAAAUAGAAGGGUUGUCCAGAGAAUGAUAGUGUCUCAUGGUGGAGAAUAGCAGUUGAGAAGGCUACUUAAUUCUAUAUAAAUUUCACGUCAGUCUUUUUAAACUAUAUUUUCUUCAUUAGCCUUAAAAAUAUAUGAAAUCAACCCUGUCUGAAUAGCUUAAUUAUAUUAAUUAAUCAAAAGAAGGCAGGGGAUAAAUAAAACAGAUUUCUUCAUGAAAACAACACUUUAAUAAUGCUUCAGUUAUAUUUUACUUUUAUUUUGGAUCUACUCGGUAUCUUAAAAAACAAACAAAAAAAAACUGUAACUUGCACCUGGGUCUCAGUAAGUUACUGUUAAAGGUGUUUCAGUAUUAAAAUUGCUAUUGCAAUUCAUUGACCGCACCGCUACUCCAAAGUCUUUACAUGAUUAUUGCUGUAUUUUAAUGUAAAGUAACAAACAUUCAUCUACAGUACUGUCACCAUGUUUUGUCUUACAGUAGGAUACUUUUACUGUAUUUCUAUUAAAAUUACAACUCUGACUUGAUUUUCUUCCAAGACUUCACACCCUGUCAUCCCACGGUGAUGUCAUUAGGCACUGACUAACGGAGUUUAGAAAAUGUGUUUGUGGCAAAUUGUCAUUCCAAGGUCAAAAUGUUCUAUCUAUCUAUCUAUCUAUCUAUCUAUCUAUCUAUCUAUCUAUCUAUCUAUCUAUCUAUCUAUCUAUCUAUCUAUCUAUCUAUCUAUCUAUCUAUCUAUCUAUCUAUCUAUCUAUCUAUCUAUCUAUCUAUCUAUCUAUCUAUCUAUCUAUCUAUCUAUCUAUCUAUCUAUCUAUCUAUCUAUCUAUCUAUCUAUCUAUCUAUCUAUCUAUCUAUCUAUCUAUCUAUUUGUCAAAAACAAAAAAUUAUACAUUAAGUCACAGUAAUUGUGUAUUCAAAAAAAUAUAUAUUCGUGUGUGUGACACAGCGGCACAAAAUAAGUUAUACGGAAGGCUUUAUUUAUAUUUAAAAAGCAUGUUAAAGAACUACAGAACACUGAUGCAAGAAUGAAAAAUAUGAAACAUACUCACACACAUAAAAGAAAAACAUUCGCUUUCCAUACAAAAUUACUUUAAUUUGCAUGACGCAUGCUGAGAUGCUCUGAGAUGCACUUAAGUGUUGAGGAAAGUUAAAGGUGAGUUAGACCGUGACAUCACAUCUGGGGUGGGAGGGGCCCAGCAUGUGGCCCGGUUCCUCCCGAGUGAGGAGGCGGAUAGGCGAGCACCCAACACCGGAUAAAACACGCAUAUCUCAGUCUGAAAACAGAGUGGAAGCGAGGCAAAUGUAACAGCAACAGAA